AUGUGGAGAUUCUGCCAGUAUGUCUACAUCUAUGUCUAUUCCCACUGUGCAUUAAGUCUUCACAUUAUCUCAUCUAAUCCUCACAAUAAGGACAACAACGCCACCAGGCGUCUUCCUCUCCACAGUUCCACCUUCUCCUGGAGGAAUUUAGUUCUCCUGCUGCUUCUCUCCCUCUUUUGGGGAGGUCAUUCCUCAUGGUCAUUCCUCAAAUUCAAAAAGAAACCAGGGAAGUGUCCCAAAGAGAGACUCCACUGUACUUCUUUGACUUUUAGCUGCCAAAGGGAUAUCGACUGCCAAGAUUACCUGAAGUGCUGCAGUUUCAACUGUAUGAAGACGUGCUUGGAUCCACCCUGCUUGCUGCCACCUAAGCCAGGAGACUGCCAUGAUCAAGAGAAGCGCUAUUUUUACGACCCUAAACAACAUCAGUGCAUAAGUUUUGUGUAUGGAGGCUGCCAUGGGAACGUCAACAACUUCCUCUCCGAGGCUAACUGCAAGAAGGCCUGCGCACGAGUCUUCAAGAAGGGACAGUGCCCGCUCUUUCCUUUCAACAACCAUAUGCAGUGUCCAAAUUCGUGCAGGAGUGACUACGAUUGCCCCAUGACUGACAAAUGUUGUGAAUCCGCGUGUGGCUUUGUUUGCGCCAAGUCCGGGAAAGUCAAAAGCAGUCACUGUCCACAUAAGCCCGAAAACUGUUUUAAGAUUGAAGAACCCAAGUGCCAGCAGGAUUAUGAUUGCAAAACACAAGAGAAGUGCUGCUUGUUUGUGGACUGA